AAUGCUCAUUUCUUUAAUCUUUACAUCGAUCUCUGUAACGCACACUCCUCUGCUUCACAAUGACAAUGCACUCACACCCAUUCGCCUUCUGCACCCUUUUCUUGAUCUUGUUCAACCUCACCCUCUCCCACCCUGUUUCCCCCCCACCGCCAUCAACCAACAUCACCCUCUUCGGCGACGCCUCCAUAACCCACAACGCCAUCAGCCUCACUCAGCCGCUCUCCACCUGCCCAAGCACCGACGCCUCCGAGGUCAGGGCCGGCGGAGCCUUCUACUCCAACCCAUUUCGGUUUCUUGACCCCGAAACCCAAGUCUUCGCCUCUUUCUUGAGCCGCUUCACUUUCACCAUCACCCAGUUGUGCUCUUCCGGCGACGGCAUGGCGUUUGUACUCACCUCCGACCUGGAGGGUUUAAGCUACUCGAGAGGGUCUAUGGGUCUUCCUCAAGAUUCGUUCUUUGCUGUGGAAUUUGAUACCCUUUUUGACCCUGUGGUGGAUGACGUGAAUGGCAGCCAUGUGGGGAUUGAUCUCAACACUGUUGAGAGUGUGGCUUCUGUUAAUGCUGGGGUUGAUUUGGUGGGUGGGAAAGAGAUUACUGCUUGGAUUGAGUACAGAGAUGAUCUGAAAUUGGUUCGGGUUGGGGUCGGGCAUUCGCCGGAGAAUAAGCCUCCGAGUCCGGUUAUUGCGGCCCAGAUUGACCUUUCCAUGCAAUUCAAUGAGUUGGUGUAUGUGGGCUUGACUGCUUCUAAUGGGAAGGGCGGCUCUUCUGCCUACAUUGUUAGUAGUUGGUGGUUCAAGACUUUCAAUGGGUCUCUGCCUUCUGUGCUUCCUAUGGAUUUCUGGGAGGAGUAG